AUGCUUAGAAGAACAAAGACAGGAAUAACGACUGUUGCUACUCACUCGAUGUUUCGAAUAUUGAGGAGGAGAUACUCCGUAACUUCCCACUUCAAAUUGAAUGAUAGAUAUAAACUGAAGUGUGGUCUCGAGAUCCAUACCCAAUUGAAUACGAAGAACAAGCUAUUUUCAGCAUCUAACAAUAAAUCCUCGUCGCAUUUCAACUCCAUACCAAAUUCACAAGUAAGCUUUUUCGAUUUAGCUUUACCUGGAACACAACCAUUGUUGAACUAUGAACCAAUCUUAUUUGCAACUAAAUUAGCUUUAUCCCUUAAUUCUGAAAUAAAUUUAAACUCUUCAUUUGAUAGGAAACAUUACUUCUAUGCUGAUCAACCACAGGGUUAUCAAAUAACUCAACAUUAUUCACCCUUUGCUCAACAUGGUCACAUGAAUUUGUUCCGAGAUAUUGAUAACAUUGAACAAGAACAAAAGAGGAUUAACAUCACACAAUUGCAAAUCGAACAGGACACGGGUAAAUCUACUUAUUUACAAGAUGAGAAGAUAACACUGAUAGAUCUGAAUAGAUCUAAUGUACCCCUCAUUGAACUGGUCACAGAACCAGAUUUUACUGAGCUGCAGCAGGUAAAAGCAUUCAUCAAGAAAUACCAGAACUUAAUUCGUCAUCUUCACAUUUCUACGGGGGAUCUUGAAACUGGGGCCAUGAGAGUUGAUGUUAAUGUUUCUAUUAAUGAAUAUCCUAGAAUCGAAUUGAAAAAUUUACCAAACACUUCAUCCAUCAUCCAUGCCAUUAAAUUUGAAUAUGAAAGACAAAUUAGAAUUAUUGAAACCGGUGGCACCAUCCCAUCCAUGGAAACAAGAGGUUGGGAUGCUAAUAAGAUGGAAACUGUGAAAUUGAGAAGCAAAGAAGGUAUUAUGGAUUAUCGUUAUAUGCCUGAUCCAGAGUUACCUAACGUGACAUUGUCUGAGGAUAUAAUCACGAACGUGAGGGAAACUUUACCGAUCCUUCCGGAUACGCUAAUACAUAAGUUAAUGAGCGAACCAUUUAAUUUAUCACUAAAGGAUGCUAAAAUUUUGACUAUUAAGAGCAAUAAUCAAAAUGACCUAUAUGACCAUGAAUCAUUAAGAAACUAUUAUUUAGAAACAUUUACAGAAUACAAGAAUCAAGUCGGAUCGACUAUAAACUGUAAACUCCCCACAACAUGGAUUAUACAUGAAUUAUUAGGUGAUCUGAAUAAAUUACAAAUACCGCUUUUGCAAUGUGAAGCAAUUUUAACUCCUCAAUUGUUCAGUGAGUUUUUGUUACUGUUGCAUAAGGAGAAAAUUUCAAAUACAAGUGGGAAAUUAUUGUUGUUCCACAUCCUUGAGACAAUGAAGGAAGUAUCAUAUGAUAAAACAAUGGAACUCAAUUUAAACAAAUUAAUAAAAGAGUUUAAUCUUGAGUUAACUAAUAAUGAUGUUGGUGAUAAUGAACUAACAGAAAUUUGUCAACAAAUCUUGGACAAUUUAAAUAACGAUAAGAUGAUUCAAGACAUUAAAUCAGGUAAGAAACCCAAAUCAAUAAAAUUCAUAAUUGGUCAAGGUAUGAGAUUAUAUCAAGGACGAAUUAAACCUCAAGAUUUUGAAAGAAAGUUCAAAGAACUAUUAAAUGUGAAAUAA